GAACGUCAUGUGGACAAUUUGAUUCAGAAUCAACAUUACCAGGAAGUGAUCAGGAAUCUGGUGAAGAGAUAUGUUGCUGCCAUGAUAAGGAAUUCAAAAACCAAUGAAGGCUUAACUGAAGAAAACUUUAAGGAGUUAAAACAAGACAUUUCCAGUUUCCGCUAUGAAGUCCUUGACCUGCUGGGUAACCGGAAGCCCCAAAGAAGAAGUUACUCCACCAGUAGCACGGAGGUGUCCCAAAAAGAAGAUGCUUCUGAGGAAUGCAUGGGAGAAACCUCCAAGGCCAAGGUUGUCCCCUUUGGGGUGGCCAACAAAAAGAAAGACUUCAAUGUGUCGGCUCUGAUUAAGACCAUGUCUGGCAUGGAGACAAGGAACGAAAAACCAAAAAGCAACGGGAUUAGUAAGCGCUCCUUCGUCCGCAAUGGCAACAGAGUCCAAAGGCUCUCCAGCUCCAAGAAGGAGUCCUUUAAGAGGCUAGGUCUUCUCUUCUCCAAGAUGAAUGGACAUCUUGCAGAACCCAACCAAGAGCCCAUGUAUACCAUUUCGGAUGGGGUCAUCCAGCCCCAUUACAUGUGGCAAGACAUUAAAUAUUCUCAGAUGACAAAAGAGCGAGAUAACUGCUCCAAAAGUGAAAUUAACCUCAAUGAGGUGGGCUACAGUUCGAACAUCAGGCAUACGGGACAGAGCCAGUGCCCUGUGGUUUGCGCCAGCUCCCUUCACUGUGCUUCCAGCAUCUGUUCCUCAAAUUCCAAACUCAUAGACUCCUCGGAGGAUGUUUUUGACUCGUGGGGAGAUGCUUGUGACAUGUUAAGGAACCAAUGGAACGAUGGGCAGGAGGAGCAGGUCACCACACGCCUAUAGGUAGAGCUGUUCAGUCCCUUGGCCGUAGUGCAUCAGCAUCCUGGAAACUGUUUGCUAUCACAGACUUUCCAUAGUUAGGGACCCUUCCUCUUUCCCAGGUUGUCCCUGACAAAUGUAGGGUUCUUUUAGCUUAUUUGAUAGCCACAGCAAUUAAUUUUUUUCUUUAAUUUGC